ACAUCUUCCCGUCACGUCAGUCAGUCUCGCGUGACGGUGCUACGCGGACGCCUACGCCGUAGCGCCUACGCCGUAGCUCGUAGCCGCGUAGCUUCGUAGCAUUCAUUUUACGUGUUUUUAUGAUCUGAAUACUAAUUGGAUCAUGAUGUUCUAUACCGGAUUGAGAAUGAAAACAUCAACGGCGCUGGUGCUCCUACACUUAUCUCUCCACACGGUUGACGAGGGACUCGCAAUAAACCCCAGUUGUACAUGCAUUCGCUACACGUCCACCUACAAUAAGGACAGAGGGACCUUCAGCAGCCCCGACUACCCUCGCCCCUACCCCCGCAAUACCUGCCUCCUCUACACCUUCGAGGCCGGGCAGCAUCAGAUUGUGGAGCUCCAGUUCACAGACUUCGACGUGUAUAAGGAGCAUUUGGAAUGCACGCGCGGCGACUACCUCAAGGUGUACUCGGAAGACGGCACUCACGGGCCUGGUCCUCCCGGCAUCAACGAGUAUUCCUCCUGGUCGAGGGUGGUCUGCGGCAACCGCCUGGAUGCUCCCCCCGCGCUGUACUCCCAUGGACCCCUGCUAGUGCUGGAACUGCAUAGCGGGGAUAAAGCGAGCAACGCGUCCGGCUUCAUUGGGACCUAUAAAUUUAUAGAUAGACGUAAUUUCGAAACUGACGGUGUAAGGAUAGCGGACACUCGCUGUGACUACACGUUCAGUUCCCACAACAGACCAGCUCAUGGACGACUCUACAGCCCAGGGUACCCUUCCAGUUACCCCAGCAAUGUGCGGUGCAACUACCACUUCAAUGCCAGAAAACAUGAAACCAUAAAAUUGCUUUUCGAGGAGUCGUUUCUACAAAAAGGAGAUGAGAGUUGUCUCAACCGGGCCGACAUUAUUAAAGUUUUUGAUGGUAAAACUUCCAACGCGCCCGUAAUAGCGCUGCUCUGCAACGAAAUUUUAGGUUACGAAGUCCUGUCCACGGGUCCAGAACUCCUGGUGCAGUUCACAGCCAACUCCAACACCCCGGGACAAGGGUUCAAGGCGAAAUACCAGUUCCUCGCAGACAACUAUACCACAGAUGGAGAAAAUCAUAAAAAAACUGAAGUAACCUCUCCCCUGGGACCAGCCGUGAGCGCUGCGACUUCCUCCUGCCACCAGAUCAUUAGAUCAGAGAGCUCUAGGAGCGGCAAGCUGAUCUCUCCUCUGUACCCGUCUCCGUACCCGCCCAAGACGCACUGCCAGUACGACCUGCGUGGCAGGGGGCGGGAACGCAUCAGGAUCGUGUUCGAAGACUUCAGCCUGCAGAGAUUCACUGGGAAUGUUAUGGAUUGCGAGAGUAUGGAUUCCCUGGAGAUAUUUUUGUACGUGGACGGUAGACUCGAGAAGAUGGCGUCUUACUGCGGGAACGAGGUGCCCAAGCCGAUAAUGUCGAACGGACCAAAGCUGUCUAUCGAGUUCCGAGGCAUCUACUCAUCUAGACACAGUAGAGGCUUCAAAAUAUCAUACUACUUCGUCGAGGAUUUCGGCAUAGUAACCGGUAAACAGUUACCAGAAUUCCCGUGUGCCUUCGUCUACAACAGUACGGUGCGUCGGAAGGGCGCGGUAACCUCCCCCAACUACCCUGGCCUAUACCCCAGGGACACCGAGUGUAACUACUUCUUCUACGGCACCGAGACAGAGAGGGUGCAUCUACACUUCACACACUUCGAUAUCGAAGGUGUAUUGCCAUGCGAGGCCGUCUCUGCCAGCGACUAUGUGCAGUUCUCCAGCCACAUGGUGGAGACAAACCAGAGGCACUGCGGCCAGCUCAAGGAGCUGAAAGUCACCUCCGAGAACAGCUUCCUGAGGAUGACCUUCAGGUCGAACGACAGGCUCGACGCGACAGGCUUCAAGACGAAUUAUAUUUUUCUAAAAGACACCGAGAUGCAUCGCUUGACCGUUCCUGAUAGUAGAAGUGGUACUAACGUCAACAUUUAUUUUAACCUGUGGAAAACGGUUUUAGUGCUGAUGGUACUUUACACUAUCGAAGAUUCCUGGUAGUUUCCUAGAGAGAAAUAAACUAUAUUGCUAA